GGGUUUUCUUGAACCAACAAUAUUUGACGACACUUAAAGUCGAAGAGAAAAUUUUGCGUAAUGGUAAAAAAACAGCGCAAUUGUCUUGAAUGCAGCUUCCUCGGCGUAGAGCAACUGACUACAGUUGCUUUCAUUUUUUCAUUCUCUUCUCCUCCCUCGUCUCGCGAUAGAGCGGUGGAGUGGUUUGACGGGCAGUCGAGGUUGCAGCAGAGGGAGACGGUGGAAGGUAAAGCAGGGAGGCUGCAUCAUGGCGGACAGAGACAGUGGCAGUGACCACGGAGGGCCCACCGCAGGCCCCGGCUCGCUGCCCCCGGGUGCAAUGGGAGCCAUGUCCCGGUUGCAGCACGACACCGAGGAGCUUGCCUCCAAGCGCGUCGACAUCCAGAACAAGCGGUUUUACCUUGACGUGAAGCAGAAUGUUAAAGGCCGCUUCCUAAAGAUAGCCGAGGUCGGAGCUGGGGGAAACAAGAGUCGCCUCACUCUCUCUAUGUCGGUUGCCGUGGAGUUUCGUGAUUAUCUCGGAGACUUUAUCGAACACUACGCCCAACUGGGCCCGACUAACCCGGACAUGGUGCAGGAUGAGCCCCGGCGGGCGCUCAAGAGCGAAUUCCUUGUGAGGGAGAAUCGGAAAUAUUACAUGGAUCUGAAAGAGAAUCAGAGGGGGCGGUUCCUGAGGAUCCGUCAGACCGUUAACCGGGGGCCCGGAUUGGGAAGCGCGCAAGGCCAGACUAUUGCUUUGCCGGCGCAGGGUCUCAUCGAGUUUCGUGACGCUUUGGCUAAACUAAUCGACGACUACGGUGUGGACGAGGAACCUGCGGAGCUUCCGGAGGGCACCUCGUUAACAGUUGACAACAAGCGCUUCUUUUUUGACGUGGGUUCCAAUAAGUACGGGGUCUUCAUGCGGGUCAGCGAGGUGAAGCCAACCUACCGGAACUCCAUCACGGUCCCAUGCAAAGUGUGGUCCAAAUUCGGCAACACCUUUUGUAAAUACGCGGAGGAGAUGAGAAAAAUACAAGAGAGGAGUAGAGAGAAACGGGCCUCCGAACUGCUACCUGAGGGGCCGCACGGCGGAGACGAAGGCGAUGACGACUGACGACGAUAUUCAAAGAGCAGAAAUGAAAUAAAGACAAAACUGAAGUAUAAGUAAACUAGACUUUUAACUGUAAAAUAGAAAGAGAAUUUCCAAGGGAAUCACCCCACGCACACAACCUCCACAGACAUGGCAGCACCUCUGCUGUCUCCUCGUUCAUUACUGGAUGUCACCCCACUUACCACCCAUGAAACAGUAAGCCGCUGCUAUCAAGGAUUGAACUGUAAGAUCUGAACUGUUUCCUACUUGAUUUAAAUGACAAUGAAAAGAGUGUUUAUAUCUCUAUGAAAUGACAGAUUUUGCACACAUCAAGCUAUUUCAAAAAAAAAGUUGAAAUGUUUUCAAACUGGUCAUAUGCUAAGUUUCAAUCAAAUAUUAAAACAGAGGUCUAUUAUAUAAAUACAGUCUUCGUGUAGAACAAAUAUUUGACAUCAGCACAAAGAAAUAUAUCACAGACUUUAUGAAACCAAAACCAGAUGUAUAGUUUAUUAUAAAGGUACGCAGAAUUGAUAUGAAAGUGCUCUAAAAGUGUUUGAACUGCAGAACAAGGCACUGCAGGCCUGGCCAUGUUUUUAGUAAAAGUGUAACAAAAAUGGGCUGUAGUCUUUAAUUUGAUCUUAAACCUAGCAGGCUAAUGAAAGCAUUUCUCAUGCUAUUAUAAAGAGUUUGAGACUCAUAAAUUAAUUGCUUAUUUUGUGCACCUCAAAAUAUAAGAUAAAUCGGAUCCUGAGCUCUUAUAUUUAAUAUCUACUGUCUUGCACCAUGUCCAUAUAAACUUUAAUGAAAAAAGUGCUAACUUAGAUGUUAUAAUUAUGAUUUUGUGAAUCAGCUGUAAAAUCCUUAUUAAGAUACCCACGUUUUCUGUGGGUUAAGUUUUUUUUUUUUUUUUUUUUUUUUUUUUUAACUUUGUUGUUUUCUCCUUUGGUGGGUUGGGGAUGCAAAAGGGUAAGGUCCACAUGUGGAAGUGCAUGGUGUGGAAACAAAAAAAAACAAAACAAAAAAAAAAAAAACUGUGUCAGCGCAGCAAGGCGAUGCAUCCUCUCUGACAUCAUUACAACCCGUGCCUUAUACACUCCACUCGUUUACGUGUUCUCACGUGGAUGGUCUGUGACCUUGACCUCUGUAUGUUUUCAUUUACGAGUGCUGUUACGUAGGCUGAAAUAUUCUCACCAGGGCUGUGGGACCACACCAUAGAUGCAUGGGACAAGGGUUUCAACAGCCAAAGUAAGCUAAAAUGCUGUUGGGAGCAUGGGAGCCAAGGGUGACAGUUAGCAGAAACCGUACUGGGUCAGGCCCUUCACAAAGAUGAGGUGCUACUGUGCAUAUGUACAAUUUUGGAACCAGGAGCGGGGUCAAUGUGAUGGCACCCUGGGCCCAAGUAUCCCUAACAGCAAGCCUGGCCUGGCAGCCUGUAACAUAGUAGAAAUUUGAUUUGUCCCCUGGGAACAGGACAAUGACCCAGGAUGAACUGCCUGUGGCAGCACUGGGUGUCAGAAUGGAGGCUAAGUGCACUGUAUAUUCAUAAUUGAAAAACAACAACAAAAAAUCCAAGUAAGGAGUGGCUAGAUGGGGUCAUUCGUCAGAGCAGAGAUGGAAGCUGUUAAAGAGCCAUGCAGUCAGUUAGUAAGGCAGGCCAGAUGACUGUACCCAUGCCAUCAUUUUGAGUGCAGUCCAGUGGAUGUACAGUCUUCUCAUUGCAGAGCCUAGGCAGUUUUUAUCUCUAAAUGGUGCUAUACAGCCCCGUCAUUGCUCCAUUGGGGCCUCACCGUUCAGAAUAUGUCACUUUCAUUAUUGUUAUUCCAAUCCUCUUUAGUUUUUUGAAGUCCUUUACAUUACGCUGUCCAAAAGUUGUCAGGUUUCUACCGCCCAGGCAGAAAGGACACAGACGUGUAGGACAUUUCAUAUUAGUGUGCAAUAUAGACCAUGUGCCAAUCUCGGCAUGGUAUCACAUGAAAAGACAGUUAAAUGGCAAAGAUGUACAGGCUACGUCAGCAGUAGAUAUAUUGAAAGCAUGACAAUGAGGUUAACGCAUAUGCAUUUUAUUUCCUGCAUUUUACUGCUAAAAUGUGAAGUCUCUCUUAUCAUACACUUGUUCCAAGUGAAAAAAAGUCCAACUUGUUAAGAAGUACUUUGUUUAAUGUUUUCUAAACCAGUAGGCUGCCUUGUUUGUCUAUCAGUAUAUGUAAAUCUGUUUGGGUGUUUAACAUCCCUGAUGAGAACAGUCCAAUACCCUAUCAUUCCUCUGAUAACAAACACUCACAAAUGACACAGUCAUCGGUUGCUCUCUGUCUCUUUGUUAGCCCUUCUGCAGGGCCAGUUGUGGUUCUAGUAGUGGUUCUCUCUCUCUUACCCCCUCACACACACACACACACACAACCAUAACACUAGCAGGCUGAUGACAGACACCCAUAUAAUCUCUUCCAGUUUAGGCCUCUUUUGCUAACAUGUUUGUAGGCCUCUUAAGUACUCUGAAUGGUAUGCACUGGGUCUCCUGUCAUUAGGAGUCCAUGGGCUGCAAGGAGCCUGAGCUGUCUUGCCUGAUACUGCCCAUUACAAAACAGGGGAACUACGUUUGAGUUUGACUGUAGUUUUGUAUUACUUUGGCAAUUGUGACUAGGGGCCCAAGGACUCCCAUAGAAGUAAGGAGUUUGUAAUAUUUUCAAUAACAACCACAAUCCUUCCCUCAGAUACUCUGUCAGGCACAUAACCUUUUACUUGUUUUGACCCUCUAAACUCAAAGGAUUUCACCAGAGUGCUUUUAAUAAAAAAAAUCCUCAAAGUUGUUAUUUUCCCUAUCUGUUAUAUUUAAAGCAGGCCGGCCUACACCUGUUCAUAACGCUAAGGUCUGGUCAUAGAGUACGUCAAAGUAGCAUGCCAUCUAGGUGGCAUGGUGAGGAAAUAGGCUUGAAACUUGCAGCUUAAAGAGACCUCAGCUGGAUAAAAGCUGCUAAUGUAGUUAUAGACAUGGCCUGCCAGAUAUACGGUAUAUCUGAGGAUAAACUAAAAUAGAAAGCACACCUAAGAUGAAACAGUGUCAAAAGUCCUUUCAAUCCCACUGAAUCCUUAAAGGUUGAACUAUGUUGGAUGGGGCAGGAAUAAGACAAAUAUUCAGAAAAAAAAUAUGUGUUCUAUGCAGGACUUUUUGGCUCAAGUUCCUCUGUUUUGGUGAAAGGCCUUAUAACAUUUGGGACUGCACUGUUCUGAAAAAUUACAUGUUUUCUCUUGAAUUUAGAAGGCCACUUCCACCUAACACACAGGCUACCAGUGACUAAGUGCCCAUAAAGGAACAUGAGGUUGUUCUGAGUUCAUCAUGAGAUCAAUGUGAAUCUGGACUAUGUUGUGAUACAGCACUUAUUCUCCAAAGUGUCCUAGCUUUAGCUUGAUUUAAUUCAGGCCUCUUGAAAGCUCAUGCUACAUGAAGACUAUGAAUACAACACUUUGUGUCUCUAAAGGCCAAAUGAAAGAAAGGCCUAAACCUGGUCAUACUUCACUUUGUUAAUGCCUCACUCUGUUAAACGCACACAUUUUCUUAAAGAAUAAAGAUUUAAGAUGUGUCAUUUCUUGUUAUAGACUGUAAUAGCGAGAUGCUACUGGGUCAGUGUUUAGUGCAGAAUGAUUGUGUGUGAAUCGGACUUGUCUAUAAAGGAAGUAGCUUUAUCUUAAGUUCCUGGGUGGGGGUUGAGUGGGGGUUGCACUUGUGAUUUUGCUGAAAAAAAAAUGACGGAAUGUCUCCACUUUAAAGGCCUCACCCAGUAUUAUAGCCAGAACUGGAAUGACUUGCAGCCAUGUUGUAAUGUUAAAAUCACACUGCACUGUCAUCCAUGUACUACAUUGCAGAAUAGUUGGCUGAUGCUUUGCUGUCAUGGUUUCUUUACAAAGUGUUAGUGGUCAAUGUUUAUGCAGUCUUCUGGGGCUCUGGCUAACUCCAGUGUAAAUGAUUGAGGGUGCACUGAAGCAUUGACAAGAAUAAUGACUUUUAUUACAGCAGUAGUCAUCGUAGCAACCCUAAUUAAAGUAUCAUUAUAUUCUCUCUGUAAUUACUACAUUUUGUAAGUUUUGUUUUACUGCUGCUUGAAUGAAAUGUGACCAGACCAUUUCUACACAUUUCAACUGAUGGAGAUAGAUGAUAGAGAAAAGUGUAGGUGUAACUUUAAAUGCAGUUGUUGCAUGUACUUAUAGUCAGAUUGCUAUGAUGGCUCCGUUGUAGGUGCUUUGUUUGUUCCUUGUGUCUUUCCACUUUUGAAAAAUGGGUGUACAAGUACUGACUUAAACAGACUGGACUUUUUAUAAGGUGUUUUAGACAACCAAAUCUGCACUUUUUUGGUUUUAGUGUUGUAAUUUCAUUUGCCAUUCAAAGUUCCUGGUUAAUCACACAGCCAAUUGCAGCCUCUGGUCAAAGCCAAGCACUAUAUGACUCAUUAAAAAGCACUUACAGUUACACUUAUUCAUUCAGCACACACACACCAAGUUGUAGGGUCCAUUAUGUUUGCAGAUUGUAUAGGCUACUGCAGUGUUAGCUAAAAUGAGGUUCUUUCAAAUGUUUUGAAGAUAUUUGGAAAUGGAUUAUGGAUUUAUAAUGGGUGGGGCCAAUGCACAAUGAACAUAUCCCAUACCACUCUUUGGUCUGAAUCCCUUUACCAUCACCAUUUUAGACGAUAUGUUGUAUCAGACAAUAUUUUAUCUGUGGAUUGUGUGUGUGUGUGUGUGUGUGUGUGUGCGCGCGUGCGUGUAUGUGUGUAUAAAUGGUUUGUUAUAUCUGAUGCUCCUCCUUUCAGAAAAAAAUAUAACAUGUAAACAGAAAAUUAUUGCUGUUCUUUUCUUUGUAUUUUAUACUUACAGAAAGCAUUGAAUAAAAAUGGAUAAAUACUUGCACUUUAGAUAUAUUAAAAACUAAAAAUCUGAAUAUUAUUUUUGAUAGGGAUCUCACCUUCAAAGAGUAUAAAUUACUUGCUUUGUGGCUAUUAAUGGACAGAGAUGUAUUGAGUUCUACUUAUUGAAGUAUAUUUUGUCUGUGUGUCAGAAGGUUUACUAAAGUAAAUUGCAUGUUAAAAUAGUGCAACAUGAUGUUUUCUUUUCUUUUUUUGUAAAAAUGUCUAAAAACUGUGAUAACCCUCUUGUGUCAUGCUUAACCUCUUCUCACUCCCUCUAGACUAUUUCUUACUGAAAUAUGGCCUUUCCUGUCUAAAUGAUGAUGGUGCUUACUUUGGCUUUGACAUCAAGCUCAUUCUAUACAUCUAAACAUCUACAUAACCUGCCUCCUUACAUUUCAUUACUUUCUGUUAUUUACUCUCACAACCUUAUUAAACUUCCUUUGAUGGCAAAAAAGUGUGCUGUUUUGUACAUUGCUGUUUGUUUCAUUGUUUAGGGGACUUGUCUGACUAAUGACUAAUCGCACAAUAAAAGGUCA